AUGCAAAUAAUCUUCAAAGACUUUAAAAAGGAGAAAAUUCCUAUCAAUGUUGAAUUAUCCGAAACCGUUAUUGAAGCUAAAGAAAAAUUAGCUAAAGAAAAGGAUUGUGAAGCAUCUCAAAUCAAAUUGGUAUAUUCAGGUAAAGUUUUGGCCGAUGACAACAAUUUAGAAUUCUAUAAGAUCAAAGAAGGUGAUUCUAUUAUCUUUAUGAUCUCUAAGAAGAAAGUUGUGGCUCCACCACCUACUGUUCCUGUAACCAAAGAAGUUAAACCAGAAGUCGAAACCACUUCAGGUUCAUCAGCAUCAGCACCAGCACCAGCACCAGCACCAGCAGCAUCAGAAACUACUCCAGCACAAUCAUCAGGUUCUGGAUCAGAUUUCACUCAAGGAAAUGAAAGAGAGGAAUCAAUUAAGAAUAUAAUGGAAAUGGGUUACGAAAGAUCUCAAGUAGAAGCAGCAUUGAGAGCAGCAUUUAAUAAUCCUCACAGAGCUGUAGAAUACCUUAUUACUGGAAUUCCUGAUAGUUUACAAGCCCCAGUUGCUCCACCACCAGUAUCAGAAAGUGAAACCACUACUGGACCAGAAGCUGAAUCAACAAAUGCUAAUGUCACAGAAGAUAAUGAUGAAGAACAUGGUGAAAAUUUGUUUGAUCAAGCAGCCGCAGCUGCUCAAACUGGUGGUCAAGCUAAUGAAAACGCUGGAGGUGAAUUAGGUGAUGAUGCUCAAUUGAAUUUAUUAAGAACUGCUUUACAAACUAAUCCUGAAUUAAUUCAACCUUUAUUAGAACAAUUAGCUGCAUCCAACCCUCAAGUUGCUCAAUUAAUUCAACAAGAUCCUGAAGGUUUCAUUAGAACCUUCUUAGGAGGUGGUGAUGAUUUAGGAUUUGAAAUUGAAGGUGAAGGUGAAGGUGGUGAUGCCAUGGAUGAAGGUGAAGAAGGUGUUAGAAUAAUGUUAACUGAACAAGAUGAAAGUGCCAUCAAUAGAUUAUGUGAAUUAGGUUUCGAUCGUAAUUUAGUUAUACAAGUUUACAUGGCUUGUGAUAAAAAUGAAGAAGUUGCUGCUGAUAUUUUAUUUAGAGAUCUGUAG